UCAAAGGUUAAAAGUUUUUAAUAGCCACCAUUGGGUGUCCUUUUUUUAAGAAAACAUGGAUGGAAAUGAUGAAAAUCCAUGCACAGCUGCUGCAAGCCAGGCUGGUUACGUUCUAAGUAAUGUGGCUGAAGUGGUGGAGAGAAUUUUGACGUUUGUUCCAACCAAGUCAUUGCUUCGCACAGCUUGCGUUUGCAGGCUGUGGAGGAACUGCGCCCGGCGUGUGUUGAGGACGCAGCAGCGGGUUGCCUGGGUUUCGGCCACGGGGUGCGGCAGCGACAAAGGCCAUGUCUUGCACAGGAAGUUGGCGGAGGAGCUCGAGAACAUGUACUUGCUGCCUCAGACAGUUUUGUUAAUGGCGGACUGCGAGACCAUUAACGGACAGGACUGUUGCUACAGGCAAAAAAAAGGUGGGAAUCAUGAGGCCACAGUGAGGAAGACGGACAGCUCGGAACUGGCGUUGGAGCUGAAUGCACUGUUCCCCAGGGACUGUGAGAUUCUGGGUAUCGCAACAUCAGGAGUUGUGUUGACCCCCAACGCACCGUGCCCCAGCGCCCCCCAGGAGCACCAGGACGGGGAGGCCGGCUUCGCACUCAUGUUCCCCAGCAUGGACGGCGUCACCGUGCGUCCCUUCCACUUCUGCAAGCGGAGCCUCUCCCAGGCCGCGCUCGAGGAAGCAGGGCUUGUGGGUAACCCGGACCUGCGCGUGGUCCUCCUCUUCGAGUACGAGGUCUUCAGGUCCAGAUCGGCGCGCUUCCUCAACAAGGUCCUGGAGCCGCUGGCGCAGAGCAACGCCCUCAUCGCGGGGGGGCACGUGGAGAGCGUCUUCACCCACUCCCGGGAGUGCUGCGGGCGGGGCUCGUACGGCAUGGCGGGGCUGGCGCUGAGCGGGGCGCGGGUCCAGGGGGCGUCGGUGCUGCUGGAGCAGGACGUGGUGAGCGAGAAGUCGGCCGAGGCGGCCGUCCAGCGGCUGAAGGCGGCCAACCUGCCCGAGCGGAACACGCUGGGCCUCAUGUUCGCCUGCCUGGGCCGCGGCCACAACUACUACGGCGGCAAGCGCAACGUGGAGGCCGACGCCUUCCGCAAGGUCUUCCCCAACACGCCGCUCUUCGGCUUCUUCGGCAACGGCGAGAUCGGCUGCGACCGCAUCGUCACCGGCAGCUACACCCUGACCGACACGGACACCGACAGCCUGCAGCACACCUACACCACCGUCAUGGUCCUGGUGCACCUGGGGUGACCCCGCCCCACCCUGCGGCUGAGCGCAGCGGAGGCUCCCGGGUCGCUCCGGAGGGGGACCGUUUCUCUGCGGUCAGCGUGCGGUUCAGCUGCAUCGCCGCGACCCAGACUCCUUUUCUUUCUCGUCUGUGAGAUCGCAUAUUGAAGUAAUCUCUCAGCCCCUGAGGUUGUGAUCUUUGGUGCGUUUUGAUUCGCUUUCACAAAGUCAAUGCAAAACUGUCGCCCCAACAUUCUGCCCUCCUCAAAUUACUGUAAAUUGCCCCGAAAUCAAGACAGGGGAGGGUGGCGUUAGAUUUUUGAGCAAAAAAUGAAAAAGUUGCUCUUGACUAACAUUAAAUCAUAGUUCUUUCAUGGCUGUAUUAUUGCUGUAACACCGUUUUGAAAGUGGGCAUAAAGGACCAACUGAAGAAAGAACAACCUGUUCUGACUGCGAAUAUACCAGUGUUACUGUGCCAGCUGGGGCAUUGUACGCUUUUUUAUGAGAGACAUUUACAGCUGUUGUGCUAUUGGAAAACCAAUUGCCACAUCGCUGUUUCCCAAGGAAUGCGUCAGUCUUCUUACCAUUUUAGUUUGAACAUGCAGCAUUCAAUUCAGUUUCCACUUAGGGUUUGAAGAUAAAUUCCUCCCAAUUCGGUACACGGAUACACACACACACACUCAAACACACACUCGCACGUAAGUUUGAUUUCUUGGAACCAUACUGAUUUGUACGAUUAAAGCAUUGCAUAGUAAUUGGUGUUUUACGUACACAACACACCUUACAGUUGCUGCUUGCUAAUGUAAGAUCAUCAUGAGAUCAGCAUAAAUUUUUCUCCUUUGUUUUGGUUCAUCUGUAUGCUUCUUUCUGGUCGCUGAUAUUAGUUCAUUUGUUGAUUGGGUUCUCCAAUAUGUAACACCAUUAAAUCCAUUUAGACUUCUUAUUUGUACAAUGAGUUCUUCGGUUGACAUUUUCCAUUUAAGGCCACAAAGUACUGUGGUAAUUACCUGUCAAGGUAGUUAAAUGUAUCACGGUUACAAUAUAGCUAUAAAUAAUAGCUAGCUUUGGGCAUCUGGUUUAUUUAUUCACCUGGAUUUAACUAUGUGUAAUUUUAAAGACUAAAAGAACGUGUUUAUUUAAUUUGGCCUAAAUGUUUUAUUCAACAAACAUCCUGAUCAAAAGUGCAUUUCCCAUUGGUGUGCUUGCACAAGCAGUCUGAUUCAGUGAGUUAAUUUCCCAAUAAACGGACUCUUUCUCAGAGAGUUUUACCUGGGCCAGACACGAUGGCUGGUCUGUGGAUUUGGAUAUUGUGCCUUGACAGUUUGUGUCUAUAUGUUCCUGCUUUAAUUCAGUGCAAGCUCUAACUCUUUCUGUAGUUGAUCUGAUCCUUGAGUUAUUUCAGUGGGCAGCUACCGGCUGACCAUGUGACCUAGUUGAACUGAUUUAUGGGUAAUGACUAACAUGUAAUCAGUAACAUGCUGUUGCUCAGUGACAGUGGCUUUUGUGCAGUGGAGUUUGCGGUGUACGACCAGCCCGUGGGAUUCUUCAGUCUAACCGCAGUGCGCUUUGGCCUUAUUAAUGAGUAACAAAUAUAAAUCAGAAAUUUAAAAUCUCUGUUGAUUUGCUUCUGUUGUUUCUAUUCCUUUUCCAUAUUUUUGGCCAUUUCUGCAGGAAUCAUACUUGUGAUGUCGCUUAAGUAGUGGAAAGCGUGCUGAAAGGAUGUGACGCGUUGCGGUUAGAUUGAAUAAGCCUUAGACGAAUGCCUUGGUCAUGUGACUUUACUCAGAAGUCUGUGGUGUUUUAAUAAUGGCAAACAAACCUCAAACCUCACUGUGGAGCAAGGAGGAGAUUUAAGAGCUGAGGUUGCAGAUCUGUGUUCCAAAUUAAAUGCAUACAAAAAAGCGCAUAUAAAUGUCAGCUAGCCACUUUCAGUGUACGUCUCAUGUUUUUACACACAACCAUUUGUAGUUCCUCUGAUACUGUCUCCUAUCACUCUGUCUGGCUUUAAUAAACAGGAAUGCUUCAUGCAGUG